AUGGCGUCGUAUCCGCUCAACACCAGCACAUCCAGCUCCGACAUCUCAACACCUCGGUCGAUCUCCCCCUCAUCCUCGGUGGCGUCAGCCCGCUCCUCGCACUCGUCUAUAUCUAGCUCCAAGCGCAUGUCCAUCUCGUCUACCCGCAGGAUCUCAGCUGCCAACCCAAUGUCCUCAGUCGAUAUCGCAGCCAUUGAGGAAGCCAUGAGAAUGGCCAAUCUCGACACCCUCCGCGGCUACAGCCAGAACCGCUACGGCGAGGUGCGCCAGUAUGCCACUACUGAGUACAUCAGCCAGAGCCAGGCCCUCGGCUACCAGAUGCUCUCGGAGCCGAUGUGGAAUAGAGGCCUCUCUUUCACCCCAGAACAACGUGUAGCCAAGAACCUGACCGGUCUGAUCCCGCACGUCAUGGAGGACAGCGACAAGCAAUGCGAGCGCGCGCUCAAGAUGAUUCGGACCCGGCAAACCGGUAUCGAUAAAUAUCUCUACCUGUCAACCCUCAAGGCCGAGAACGUCGACCUCUUCUACCGCCUUCUUAUCGACAACGCCAAGGAGCUCAUGCCCCUGGUGUACACUCCCACCAUUGGUGACGUCUGCCUGCAGUACUCUACCCUGUACACACGGCCCGAGGCGCUCUACAUCUCCAUCAAGCAGCGCAAGUCGAUCAGGACGAUGCUGAAGAACUGGCGCUACCCGAAUCCCGAGAUUUGCGUCGUCACGGACGGCUCGCGCAUUCUCGGCUUGGGUGACCUCGGCGUGAAUGGCGUGGGAAUUCCGAUUGGCAAGCUAGCCUUGUACACGGCCGCUGCCGGUAUCCACCCCGAAAAGGCGCUUCCAAUUGUCCUCGACUGCGGCACCGCCAACGAGUCGAACCUCAAGGACCCGCUUUACCUCGGCUUGCGGGCUAAGCGCCCCUCUGUCGCCGAGCAGCAGGCAUUCAUGGACGAGUUCAUGGAGGCUGCCGCCGAGGUCUACCCCGAAAUGGUGGUUCAGUUUGAGGAUUUUGAGAGCGAGAAGGCUUUCAAUUACCUCGACCGCUACCGCAACAACUACAAGUGCUUCAAUGAUGACAUCCAGGGUACCGGUGCCGUCGUUCUUGGCGGUUACAUUGGAGCCGUCAACCUCUCUGGCGUCCCCCUCGAGGAGCAGCGCCUCGUGUUCAUGGGCGCUGGUUCUGCCGGCGUCGGUGUUGCCAAGCAGCUGGUUGAAUACUACACCAAGCGUGGUUUGUCAGAACAGGCCGCCAAGGACAAGUUCUGGCUUGUCGACACCAAGGGCCUGGUGACCAGGGACCGUGGCGAUAAGCUCGCCGAGCACAAGAAGUACUUCGCCCGGACCGACAACAACGGCCACCAGUUCCGCUCUCUUGAGGAGGUCAUUGAGUAUGUCAAGCCGACUGCCCUCGUCGGCCUGACUGCCACCCAUGGCGUCUUCACCGAGUCUGUUGUCCGCGCCCUCAAGGCGUCCGUUGACGCUGGCGGUCUCGGCCGUAGACCCAUCCUGUUCCCUCUCAGCAACCCUCUCACCAAGGCUGAGUGCACCUUUGAGCAGGCCGUGACGUGGACCGACGGCACCGUCAUCUUCGCCUCUGGGUCGCCUUUCUCGGCGUUCACUGUCAAGUCUAGCGAGCAGCCUGUGACGUACUACCCCAACCAGGGCAACAACGUCUACGUCUUCCCCGGCAUCGGUCUCGGCGCCAUCCUCUCCAAGUCUAGCCGCGUUACCGAUAACAUGAUCUACACCUCGGCCGCCGCCCUCGCUGGCUCCCUCAACGCCGAGGAGGUCCAGAAGGGUCUCAUCUACCCUCGGAUCGAGCGUGUCCGCGAUGCUAGCUUGAUCGUGGCUCGUGAGGUCAUGAAGGCCUCGCGCCGCGACGGCGUCAGCCAACUACCCGAAGAGCAAUGGCUCGAGUGGGAGGAAUGGGGAGACCCGGCCCUCGACAAGUACAUCAAGGCUCGCAUCUACGAUCCUGAGCUCUGA